AGAUAACCAACCAACUGAAGACAUUCAUUUUCAUUAAGAAACUAAAAUGGCUUUCAGGAGAGAUCGAAAUAUUAGAGAUAUUUACGAGGAACGGUUUCCUCCUGAAAGAGGGGGUCCAUAUCCAAGAGGAGCUCGAGGGGACAGGAGACCUCCCUUUGGGCGCCCAGACGAGGACUAUGGCCGUGGUUUUGAAUACGAUGGACCUCGGUUUAAUCCAAAUAGUGCUCCUCGCAACUACCAUGGAGAGGAUCAGAGAAGUUAUCAUGGAGACAGCCAUCACUCAUUUCCAAAUGAGCACAGGGGUGGGCCACCCAGUCGAAGGGAAGACUUCCCGUACUACAGAGGGCAGAGAGAGGAGCCUCAUGGUGGACGUCAAAUUGACUUCAGACCGAGCAAUCGUGCAGGUCCUGCCCCGAAUAGUCGAGUCAAAGGUGCUUACCCUCCGGCCAGGUCUCUGCCUACAGUAGCCCCUGACGCAGGAGACGACACACUCAUACAGGCCAUAAUGAACAUGGACAGGGGCGAAGAGCGAGAGAACUUGAGAAGAAAGGUGCCCUUCCCUCCAGUACGUGAACGCUCUCCAACUCGGCGGGACGUUCCCCCUUCCCCUCACAGUCGGUCGGGGUCCAGCAGAAGCAGCCGCAGCUACUCACCAGAGAAGGGCAAAGUACACCCUUUCCCUCCCCAGCAGGGGAAAAGGUAUGAGGAGCCACUCGUGCCAGGAAGGGGAACGGACAGGGAAAGGCCCCCCGGCCCCUCCGUGAGUGCAUCACGUGAUGGUUCGCCCCAUAGCGCCGUAUCAGCCACUAAGGAGGACGUGACAAAUGUGGAAGGGCCCCAAGAUGAAGUUCCACCCACCGUUGAUGAAGCUUCCUCCGUCAUGGAUGAUGUUCAAGAACAACGAGCUCAAGCUAUUUCUGCCAAGGCUCAGGAAAUUGAGAAGGUCUUUCGUCAGGACUGUGAGACAUUUGGCAUGGUGGUGAAGAUGCUGGUGGCCAAAGAACCCAGCUUAGAGAAGCACCUGCAGAACCCACUUAAAGAGAAUCUGAUUGAGAUCCGUGAGCGAUGCCUUGAAGACUUGAGAAACUUCAUUGCUGAACUUGACGAGGUGGUACGACAGCCUGAACCUGCUGUCUGAGGUGGCCCCAUUUUACUCACCCAACAUUUUGGUUCUUUUUACCCCCCUGUACCUACACAAAAGUCAUUAUUUUUAUGGUUUAUGUAAAGGCCAUUGUACAUUGUGUACUCCGUGUCCAGCUAAAAGAAAUCUUCCUGGUCUGCUACAGGGCAAGGAAAAUCUCUUUAUGCAUUUCAUUUUUGCAGUUCCAUUCAUCCACUGACACUAGUCGAUGCUAGGUUGUAUAAUCUUUUUGUAACCUUUCAAUAUUAAGAUAAAAAAAAUAUAUGUUAGAAAGCAAACACAAGGAAAGCAAUGCCAGAAGGUUUGCUUCUUUGAAGGUUAUUACAGAAGUUAUAGAUAUUUGAUAUUAUUAACCCAUUGAGGAGAUUUACUAGAUGAUGGUGUUUGUUCUGAUCAAAUGUGUAAAAACUGAAAGGGUUCUAUGUUGUUGCCAAUCAAGUCACUUACAUUCAAACUAAUGAGAAAAGGUUAUGAAUGAACUAUGGUAAGUAAUCUUUAUGGGUUCAGCAAAUUGCUGCUGUCUGUAUUAAAGAGUCUUGAACCUACUAUAAUGCAUGUUUUUCCUUUUGAUUUAAGCCUUUUUGUGAUUUCAUGUUUGUAAUUAAAUAAAGGUGCUAUGUUUAGUAA